AUGGAGAAGUUAGCACAAUAUUUAAGAUCCUUUGAGCUGCAGCGGGGUAUUAUCGGAAACACAGUUGACGAGUUACAAUAUCAACUUAUUUCAGCAUUGAAUAAAUUGAGGAAUGACUUUGAUACAAAUCAAAGUUUGCUACACUCCAUCUUUAAUGAGAUUGUGCAACGUGAGAAAGAAUUGGUCAUCAAAGAGAAGCAUAUGAAAGAUGGAGUACUCCAUUUUAACACUGAGUAUGCAAGAAUUACUGAGUUGAAAGAAAGCCAAUUGGAUAAGGUGCAAAGAUGUUAUGAAAACUGCUUGAAGGAAUUAAAUUUGAAAAAAGAGGAGUUUGAAGUUGUUGCAAGUAAAACCAAACAAGAAGAGGAAAGACUCGAGGCGAUUCGAAAGUCUGUAAAGGAAUGCUCUUGUCAACUUGAAUUGGAAAAGAAAGAAGUUGAGUAUGUUAAAGUAUGCAAAGAGAGCAAUAUUGCCUCAAUCAAGAAAUCAAAGGUGGAUAUGGAAAGUUUUGUGAAAUUGAAGGAAGAAGAAAUGUGGUCUAAAUUGGAAGAGCUUGAAUUGUUGGAGAUACAUGUCAAAGAUAUCUUUAAAGAGGCAGAGUUGAAAGUGAAGAGUGUAUCUUCUGCCCAAAAAUAUUUACAAGAACAAAUGAGUAAACACCAACAAAAAGAGUUGGAAUUUGACAAAAAAGUUGAUGAAUUUAAACAAAAUCUGCAACAGUUGGAGUUAGAAAAAUCAGCAUGGUUGGCUGAGAAAGACAAACACAAAAACAAUAUGUUUGUAAGGAUUGAAGAACAAGAUGUGGAAGUAACUAUUCAAAACCUCAUUGAAAUAGAGGAGGUUAUUCAUGCUGUUACUCUCAUUUGUGAACUCAAAUUAACUCACAAGUUUUCGCCCAUGCCACUACUGCUUGAUUACAUCAACCAUGCUGAGAAUCAAACCUCCAUUGUUUGUGGAGGAGAGAGAUCAAACAAAGACAAGAUUAAAGCCACUAAGAAAGAAAUAGCUCUAUUGAAAGUAGUGAAGAAGUGUGUUCAAAAUUGCAAUCUCCAAUCAGUUUUCCCAAGACUCGAAUUCUACCAACUGGGUGAGCGCCUUAUCCGUUUGGAAGGGAAGCUUAAACUAUAUAACCAUGAUGAACCCUCCAGAAAAAGAAAAGGCCACCAUUCAAACGUUAGCCAACGGAUUAAAAUCAAGUAUCCUCAGAAAUAUUGA